AAAUUUUGCAUGAUUUCCUUUUUCUUUCAUCGCGGAAAAAAAAGAAAAAAAAAAAAAGAGAAAAACUUGGGAGAAGCGGAGGGGAGAGAGAGAGAAUGGUGAUUGGAGUAGCAGAGAGAACAGAAGAAGAAGAAGAGGAAGAAGAGGAGCAGCAGCAGCAUCGUCAAUGAGGAACAGCAGCCACCACAGUGACGACAAGCAGCCCCAAGACAGCCCCGAUUCGAGAUUCAACCAGACCCUUCGCAGCGUCCAAGGGUUGCUUAAGGGCCGCAGUAUUCCCGGCAAGGUGUUGCUGACCCGGAGGUCAGAUCCGUUCGAUGAUUCGACCUGGCAAGAUCGCUCGCCUAAAUAUGAAAGAAGUCUUUCGGAAAACGAUUCUGGCCCGAGUGAUCGCAUGGACAAAUCGGUGGAGGAUGAAAUCAAUGGUACUGAGAAGCCAACAACACAUGAAAGUGCUAAUAAAUUAAAAUCGUCGACCUCCAGCAUUGAAAUUACUUCUAAAGAUGUUCAGAAACCCACAGUCGGUUCCAGAGCGACUGAUUCUGCAAGAAUUAUGAAAUUCACGACGGUGCUUUCAGCAUCAACUGUUAUUUUAGAAAGACUACGUGAGCUGGCAUGGAGUGGCGUACCCCCUUACAUGCGCCCAAAUGUUUGGAGGCUUCUCUUGGGAUAUGCACCGCCUAAUUCAGAUAGAAGGGAGGGAGUUUUGAAAAGGAAGCGCCUCGAGUAUCUCGACUGUGUUGCUCAGUAUUAUGACAUUCCAGAUUCUGAACGAUCAGAUGAAGAGAUCAGCAUGCUCCGUCAGAUUGCUGUUGAUUGUCCAAGAACAGUGCCCGAUGUUUUGUUCUUUCAGCAAACACAAGUACAGAAGUCCUUGGAGCGCGUCCUUUAUACCUGGGCUAUUCGACACCCUGCCAGUGGAUAUGUUCAAGGAAUAAAUGAUCUUGUUACACCAUUCCUUGUUGUCUUUUUAUCUGAAUACUUGGAAGGAGGUGUAGAAAAUUGGUCGAUAUCUGAUCUGUCCUCAGAGCAGAUCUCUAACUUGGAGGCUGAUUGCUAUUGGUGUCUCACAAAGUUACUUGAUGGAAUGCAAGACCAUUACACGUUUGCCCAGCCUGGGAUACAAAGACUCGUUUUCAAGUUGAAGGAAUUGGUUAGGCGCAUUGAUGAACCUGUCUCGAGACACAUGGAAGAGCAAGGCCUCGAGUUUCUGCAGUUCGCAUUUCGAUGGUUCAACUGUCUUUUAAUACGUGAGAUCCCAUUCCAUCUAGUUACUCGAUUGUGGGACACAUACCUUGCUGAAGGAGACGCUUUGCCUGAUUUCCUCAUUUACAUUUUCGCCAGCUUUUUAUUAACGUGGUCGGAGAAACUUCAGAAGCUCGAUUUCCAGGAGAUGGUGAUGUUCAUUCAGCACCUCCCGACAAACAACUGGACACACCUGGAGCUGGAGAUGGUGCUUUCCCGGGCUUACAUGUGGCACAGUAUGUUCAACAACUCCCCCAGUCACUUGGUCGGCUGAAAAAAUGAAAAAUAAUAAUAUUGAUGAUAGAUAAGUGAGGAAAUUUCUUUGUGUUUGCCUCUUAUCUCAGAUCAAUAGGGUGCUUUGCUUAAUUAUCAUCGUGAAAAUAUGUGGCCUCUCUGUUUGUUUUGUGAUUCUGUAGCAGAAGCAGUCAACGUCCUUGUGUUUGUAUUUAUAUUACACUGCAAUUUCUUAGUUCUUUGUAGAGUCAUUACACUUCUCAUAAUAGUAAUAGGAGAGCAUAAUUUACUGAGAAAUUCCCUAUCUGUAUGAGGUGGACGGUUAAUUCGUCGUGCUAAGCCAGUCCUAGCACCGACAUCUUCUACGCUAGUCUGUGGAAGGCAAUUAUCGAUCAUAUUCUCCA